AAACAACGUUAUGCCGGUUUUUAUUUAAUCGUUUUUUUUUUGGUUUCGGUUUGACUCCGACCGGAGAUUUCCUUUAGUCCGCCGUCCAAUAAUCGAAAACUCCCGGCGACCAGAAAUUUUAUCGGUGAGUUGUGAUGGAAACUCGCAAUUCAGAAGAAGGAAAGCUGCCGACUUGGCUCAAAAAUCUGGACUUGAAUAAGAAUCACGAACCAAAGAAUAAGAUUCCUGUUCCAGCUUAUCUAUCUUCCUCACGGAUGAUGUCUGGGUUGAAACGAGGAGGACCUCCGUCUCUUGUCAGCUUGUGUCUUGGUGUUGUUGGGCGGCAUUUAGAAGAAAUCGUUCCUUGUUUAUCUGAUAUCUCUGACUUCUUUCCUGCUGACAUCAAGAUGUCGAUUGCUGCUAUUGCUAAAAGAAGAAAGCUACUAGAUGAUAAUUUGAUCAUCUCUUUGGCUGACACUUCCUGGGAGAUUCUGGACAUUAGCGGUUCUGAUGUUUCGGAUUCUGGCUUAGCUAAAGUGUCGGAGAUGUGCAAAUCUCUCCGAGCUGUCGACAUUAGCCGGUGCAACAAAAUCACAUCCAUGGGAGUCUCGGAGCUUGUACAGAACUGCCGAUCAGUGGAAACUCUAAGAUGCGGAGGAUGCCCAAGCAGUGAGUCCACUGCACGCAGAUCUUUGAGUUUGUUUAAGCCAGACUUGAGUAAUGCUGAAGAAGAAGACACAUGGGAAGAGCUAGACGUUACAGAGAUUGGUCAUGGCGGUCAGUCAUUGCGUUGGCUUGUUUGGCCACGAAUUGAUAAUGAUUCAUUGGAGAUGCUAUCCAUGGAAUGUCCAAGAAUAGUAGUAAACCCUAAGCCCUCGUUUCUCACUUACAGUCUACACGAAGUCCCUCGAGAAGCAUUACCAGAUGUUGCAUUGGACGAGCCGUUUGUGAAAGACAUCGAUCCCAAGACUUGGUUUGUUAGAGGAGCUGUGAAGAGUCCCACAACAUCCUACUCAUUAUCAGUGACCUCCGACGGUGAGCUGUCGAUAGCAGAGAAGUUCAGACUAGCGUUUGCAGAGAGAGAUGCACGGUUGGCCCCUAAACGAGCUAAGAAUGCAAGGCAACAGCAGCGUCGUGCUGAGAGGGAUUGGAUGAUGUCUAGUGACGAAGCCAAAGCGAUGGCAUUUGCAUCAAAGGCCACCAGGUCUUUGCGCAAGAAGUAGUUUUACUGAUAGAAUGAGGAGGAUUCACUUCAUUUAACCCGCAGCAAAGAAAACACGAGAAGGAAGAUCAGUGUAUCUUCUAACUAUAUAAGCAUGGUUCAUGCCAAUUCUGUACUUUAUUAUGUUGUAUCAUUCAGAGAGGUUUUUGGGAAAAGCAAACCGAAUGAAGAAGAAGAGUGACUGUGCUUAUAGAAGAGAAAAACUGUUGGCUAUGUUCCUUAACUGUUAUCAAAUCUUUUAAAGUGGUACAAAACGAGUUGAUAUAUAUAUAUAGAAUGAACUGCCUCUCU